UGCAUUGGAAUCCCUGGUAUGAGACAAGAGGAGGCUUCGGGUAUAGUGGGAUUACUGCUGCAUUGUCGUCAUCAUGAAGGCAGCCACAGCCACCUUACUUGUCCUGGGUACCUUCACCCUGUUCUCUUCAGGGAAGAAGUUCAGAUGGUGCACCCUGUCUGACCUGGAGCAGAGGAAGUGUGCUGAGUUAUCUAAAGCACUCCUGGCUGUCCUACCUCUGGCUACAAUCAACUCCUUUGCCAGGGUUUCCUGCAUCAGAGCUCAAAAUACUCAUGACUGUAUCGACAAGAUCAGGGUGAAUAAAGCAGAUGCUGUCUCCUUGGAUGCUGGAGAUGUUUAUUCUGCUGUGAAGCUGUAUGGCUUAACUGCGGUGGCAAAGGAGAUCUAUGAGGAAGGAAACUGCGUGUUUGCUGUGGCCAUUGCCAGACGAGGAACUUUGGACAUCCAGAGGUUAAGGGGGAUGCGUAGCUGCCACAAUGGAGCCAGGUGGACAUCAGGUUGGAACAUUCCACUGGGCUUCCUCCUGGCUAGGAAUGAGCUCCUCUGGGAUGAGGCUCAGCCUCUGAGCCAAGUGAUCAGUCAGUAUUUCAAUGCCAGCUGCAUCCCAGGUGUUGGCGUCACCUCCCCUCAGCUCUGUGCUCUCUGUCAAGGACCGAAAUCCUACGUUAGGAACAAGAACCACUUCUGUGAGACCAGCAGCAGUGAGCCCUUCUACGACUCUGAGGGAGCCUUCAGGUGCUUGAAGAACAGAGUAGCAGAUGUUGCUUUCCUAGAUCACUUAACAAUAAUGAAUGCCACAGAUUCAGACCAAGAGGAAUAUGAGCUCUUGUGUCCUGAUGGAUCCACAGCGAAGCUGAGUGCCUAUGGCACCUGUAACCUGGGUCGUGGGCCUGGGCGUGCCAUCAUCAGCCGCCACAACUUCCAGAAGAUCACCAAGAAAUUCCUCAUCCUGAUCCAGCAUCUCUUUGGGAAGAAUGGAAAAGAAAGGGCCAAGUUUGAGCUCUUCACUUCAGUGCCAUUCAGGGGGAAGAACCUGCUGUUCCACGAUGCCACUCAGCACCUGCAGCUGCUCCAGGACAAAGCAGAGAUCUCCCACAUCCUUGGCCUGGACUACGUAGCCCUCUUGAAGGGACUAGGCCAUGAAGGGAGCUCACUGGACAACAGUGUGAUACGCUGGUGCUGCGUCAGCAAUGCUGAGCUCCGCAAGUGUGAAGAGUGGGCCCUGAACAUCAAAUCUGACCCCCUGGUCUGUGUCCAAGCUGCUUCAAUGACCAACUGCAUUGAGUUGAUCAAGAGUAAUGAGGCCGAUGCAGCCACGCUGGAUGCCACGCAUGCCUACAUUGCAGGGAUAUGUGGGCUGGUCUCAGUAGCUGCAGAAUGCUAUGGAGAGGGGUGUGCCCCAGCUGCUGGGAGAACAAAGAAGCUGACCCACCUUGCAGAUAAAGCACUGCCACCUGUCUACGCUGUAGCCCUGGCAAAGAAGAAUGACAGGCAUGUAAAUAUCCAUAACCUGAGGGGACGGCGUUCCUGCCACAGUCACCUGUACAGUCCUGGGGGGUGGCUGCUCCUCUCCAGGUACACAGUGGGGGCUCUGGAGAACAACACUGUGAACUGUGAUAUCGGCUCUGCUUACCAGAGUUACUUUUGGAAGGGUUGUAUGCCAGGAGCAGACAGGAACCUAUGCAAAGUCUGUAUUGGAGGUGAUGAGAUGGAAGGGGCUAAAGCGUCCAGCAGGUGUGCUGCGAAUCAUAAUGAACGCUACUAUGGAAACAUGGGUGCGCUCAGGUGUCUAGUCGGCAGUCCCAGUGGAAGGAGCUUUGGGGACGUGGCUUUCCUGGAACAUCAUAACCUGCUCAAGAAUAUUGAGAGUCUGCAAAGCUCAGGUUGGGCUAUGGGUUAUACCCUAAAUGACUUUGAGCUGCUGUGUCUGGAUGGAAGGCGUGUCGCAGUCACAGACUGGGCAGACUGUAACCUCGGUCCUGUUCCUCCUAACAUAGUCAUGACUCGACCAGUGACUACCACCAAGAUAUAUGGCUUCCUGAUGAAAUCCCAGGAAACUCUGGAAACAAAUCUGGAUUCUAAGUUCCAUCUAUUUCAUUCACAGAAGUAUGGAGAAAGUGAUCUGCUCUUUAAAGAUGCUACUCAGUAUCUUGUUCACACAAGUCACCUGGGCUAUCAGUCAAUUCUUGGAGAGCCCUUCUUUCAGCUGGCAGAAUCUGUGUUUAACUGCACACAUGCAGAUAUCUUAGAAUUCUGCAAACAGGAUAUCUGCACAUCUUAGAUAUGCAGACAUAUCUACAGACGGAACACACAGAAGUUCCACAAGACAUCCACCACCUCCACCCAAGUUGAAAUCAAGAGAUGCCAAGAGGAUUUUCACCACUUGAGACUGGCUGUUUUCUGUUUCAUAAAAGCAAGCGAGACCUCAUUUAAAUACUGAAAAAAACGGAACCUUGCAGUUACCUUGCACCUACUAAUAUAUAUGCUGAUAAUGCUGUUCAAAUGUCACUCCUAUUUCCUAUCCAGAAGCGCUGCCUGUUACCUACGUUCACUCCAUUUGGUGUGGAGUACGGCAUCAUGCAGCGCAGUACAGAUCAGAGAGCAAACCUUGAGACUGGGCCAGUGGCAUCAGAAAAGCAGCACCAGCAACUAAGACCAAAACUCCUUAGUAUUUCCAGUUUAAACCCCACUCCCCACCACCACAAUUCAGCAUCUUUAUAAGGACAGAGGCCACGCUGUAGGCUACAUUGGGCCUAGGAAUUAUUCCUCCCUUUACAGACCAUGGACAUAACGCAGGUUAUUGCCUCGUUCCCCUAACAUGUUUUAUUUAUACUACAUUUCCAUUUAAAACAACUUGUUAUCUGAGGUAACUGCAACAUUUCUUUUAUAUGCAUAGAUCUUGCUAUAGUUAGCCACUACACACUACCUAUAUAUUUACAUGUAGCAUAGACAAGCAAUAAGUAUAUCCAUUUCUGCUAUGAAUAGGGAAGGGUUUAUUUCUCUUCUGUUUGUAUGACCAACCAAGAACGUGUACCAAGUGAAUCAAUACAUUUUGCACUUAUCCCUUAGCAAAUUAAGAAUCUAGAAUGAGUAAGUUUCUACCAUCAGAACCAGGUUCCUAUAUUUUUAACAGGAGAUGGGGAUGGUAGGAAGGGAACAACAAUGGAGUUCCCAUUCUUGUCCAAAACAGCAGUACUUAACAGGGUAUUUCUCAUGACUGAGAAUAAUCUAAUUUGUGUUCAUCCAAACCUUAGGGAACCUUCUCACAAUGUAUAUGGUUAAACAGUACGUUUUUUACUAGAGGAGGUGCUGGGACACAGUGCAAGAUCUCUGAAAAAGAGUGUUGUCUUGUGACACAUUAUAGUUCACAUUAACUUUAAGAACUCAGUUGCAACCUUGUGGAACCAUUGUACAUUACCAGGCAAGAGGCUGAUUCCCAGACCCAUUCUCUUUAGCCCACGGUGCAGAGAACACCACCAUUCAGCAGGAUAUUAAGAGUGGCAAAACAAAUCCAAGCCAGGCCUCUUCAGACAGAUGAUGGGAAAUUUAAGUAGGGAUUGUGAGAGAAAGUUAGUUUUAUCACUUGUAAUUUUUGUUUCCCAUAACAGAGGACAUCCCCGGGUCUGGACAUUACUCCUGGACAGGGAUCAGUGUUCUCUGCAACAUCAUUUCAUAAAAUUCUGCAGCAAGAACUCCUAGAUCAGAUAACAAGAUGAACAUAUUCUGUUGCUAUGAAAUAUUCUUCAUUUCCAUCCCCUCCCAUUUCCACUGGGUUUAGAUUACCCUAAACUACCCAAGGGAGGAGGAGUAAGAAGUGAAGGUUAGCCUGCUGCAUUAUCUGGAGAACAGCACAGGAUGUGAGGUCAUGGGAGCCAUGCCACUUAGCAUAGAAAAAAAAAAAAACCACACACAAAACUUGAAAAUAAUCAUUGCUGAAAAUAUCUCACCAUUUUUUGGUCACCGAACAUUUGACUAUGAAGCAUUAGUCAGAAAUACUGAUGGAUAUAAAAUUUGUUGAUGAGAAUUUCAACAUUUUUGCUGUAUUCUCCAGAUGGCUUGGUUCCAUUUCCAGGCCUCUUUUCCUGUGAUGUUCUCCAGGUUGUCUCAUACAUUCUAGGGAAGAGAGAAGCUUGUAGCCAUCUUUAUCAGCUUGUGUGUCCCCAUAGCUUUCUAGGCCCUGACUGCUGUGCUGUUCUCAAGCAGUUUCUCUACUUCUGGCUCCUGUGUUCCCUGGCUCCAUUCUGCCUGACUUGAUGAACCAGUGCAGGGAGCGUGCACCGUAAUCCAACUCACUUGCCCUCCUGGGGAAAGUUAACUGUAGCUGAGUCCCAACACGACAAGGAAACCAAACCAAGUGCACCUUGCUGCAGCAAAAAUGAUGAAGUCUGGGGCAUCUUGGAAAGGUGUCAACUACUGCAGCCAUUGGAUUGCAGAGUACACAGGGUCCUGCUUCUGGGCUGGAUCUGUUCAUUUCACCAUAAUUAAUGCAAGUUUAGGCUUCCUCAUGCUCCCUUCCUUUGAGUUCACACACUAUCUCCUGGACUGAUGCAGCACUGAACUUUGAACCCAGGAGGGGACUUCCACAGCUGAGAAUACAUAAACUAGUAGAAAACAUUAACAAGACAACUGUAGAAUGUAGGAUUAAUACAAUUAAAAAGCAUAACAACUUCAACUACAAGUUUUGUUUUACCAGCAACAUUUUUAUAUGUAGUUAGGGUCUGUCCAGAAUGCUGGAUGGCCUUUGUUAUGAGAAAUACAAAUCACAGAGGAAAAAAAAAUCAGUUUUCUGCAGGAAUGAUUGGACACAAAACUUUAGAGCAAUAAAUCUCUUAUAUCAAAGUGAUUAAAUCUUAGUUUGAA